AGUUUGGUUUCAGUUUUGACGCAGUGAAGAGUCUUUUGUCAAAAUUCCAGGGAAAUGAAAUUUCGUUAAAGUUAAAGAAACUCGAAAAUAUUUUGGCAAUAUAUUUACGCAGAAAAGGUUAGCUGCCGAGUCAGUCUUGUGUAGCUCAGUCCCCGGACAAGAUUCAGCCAAUAUGACUGAUAAUAGAGACUCCUUUAAUCCGCUACACGGUGGUCGUCUCUCAAAUGUCCAACAAAAGAAAAUUAAUCCGUCCAUACAGAAGUCUGUCAAAGAGGGCCAAGUAUCAAUUUCGAGAGCCAUCAACCAGGAGAUGACAGUUUCCAAGCGCUGUACUGCGGGUGGCAGGUCCAAGACACUACCGAAGGCACGAACCAUGCCUUUGAAGCAUCUAAAAACUGUAAUGGCUCCCACCGGCAUAUUCAAGCCAACGUUAAGCGAACUCUCCCAAAUAUCUAAAGCUCCAGUUGCAAAUUUCAUGGGCAACGUGUGCUCCCAGACAAGUUCAGUCAGUAAGCCGCUUAAUCAGGCAAUCAGAUUCAGUUCAACCAGCAAGCGCACAAAAUCAAGUACAACGCUAAGAGUAAAUGGAGGUGGUAAUUUCGCAAGUAGAUCAUCACGUGCGUUAAAGACCCAGGCAGAAGGACAUCCGUUUAACAGGGUCUCCCGUAAUUCACAAAUUUCCCGAGCCCGUAUAGUUAAGACCAAAUUGAUCAAGCGACCUCAUAAUAAUUCCAUUGCCUCAAUGGAAGUAUUUCCGAAUUCUGUCUCCCGAACAAGUACCAGAAGGAGUCUUGCCAGUGCCUCAAGCCACGUUAGCAGGGUCACACCGUCGCUGAAGGAAGUCGCUGAUUCCAUUAGAAAGCAGUUGGCCCAGUCGGUAAAGACAUCAAAGUCGCUGGCCGCCAAAGCCACCGAGUUAAGCAAACGCAUUAGUGCUUUGAAAUAGUCGAAACGUUUACAUUAUCUGGAAAAAGUCUCACGGCGAUCGUAUUUCUCUUCACUUAACGAUGUAGUCCUUGGACAUUUGGUCGUUAACUGGUGCCUAACUGAUGUCAACUGAUUUUGAAACGCUCCAAAAACUUGUGCAGUUUUGAAUUGCAGCCAAAAAAUAAAACAAUUUCCAAAAACAAA